AUGGCCAAGACUAUUGAAGGAAAGGUUCGCCCUCUGGCGCCUUUUGAUAAGACCCUUGAGAAGUCGACUCUCAAAGGAGCGUCUCGUAUUUAUGUCAACCGAGAUUCACUUAUCCAACUUACCGGAAGUAUUGACAACGGAAGACGUUGUAUCGUGACCAGGGUCAGUCAAGAUGACAGCAAGUCAACCACCGUCAGAGAAGCUGCGCUUUGGACGUUAUCGGACAAGAACAUCAGCCCCAACAUUGUGCUCAUGAGCGAAGCGUACCGCGAAGCCUGUGGGUUUGAGCUCGGGGACCAUCUCACAAUAACAAUGCAUGAGAAGACAGCAGUUCCCGAUGCUGAAGCUGUCACUAUUUUCCCUGUUACUACAACAGAGAAGGAAAUGGCUGAGAUUACCUCUUGGGAGGGCGCCUGGAUUGGAGUAAUCCGGUUUUACCUGGGUCAGUCACACAAAGACCGAACCAGACGUGCUGAACAUGUCUUCCCCGGUAUGAAGUUUGAGUGUGUAGCACCAGGCGCUAAGCAAAUUUUCAAGAUUACCUCUGUCGACGGCCAAAUAGACAAUGUUGCAAAGUUUACCGUUUCAACGGUACCAAACAUAACCUAUGGCGAAGAAGAGGAGCCUGUUCAGGAGGUACGAGAGGUCACGAGGCUCGACGUAAAGGGAAUUCCUGGACUUCAUGCCGAAGAGAAGAGGUUGAGAAGCUUCCUUCGCGGAUUUAAUGCCAAGUUUUUCUACCAGGGACAGCACGAGUCCUGCGGCAUUGUAAUCCAUGGCGGACGCGGCACUGGCAAGUCGUAUAUCCUCAACCGCAUCGCGGCGACUGGGUGGGGCAGGGUGUUCAAGAUUGAAGAAAACGACAAAUCGUCAACUGUCGAGGAGGUCUUCAAGCAAGCUCGUUCCCAACAGCCCAGUAUCAUUCUCAUUGACGGCCUACAAGCCUUAAUCGGCAAGGACAGGGCCAAUUCCACCGCCAUCAUUCACAGGCUGGGUCAGCAGCUCGACCAGCUGGCCGAAGACGCUUUCAGGGAUGAUAUGCUCCCUAAGGUUGUCGUCGUAGCGACUUGCUUGGACUACAUGACGGACGUGCCUCCCGAACUGCAGAAGAGUACCAGAUUUGAGCUCAACAUCCCUCUCUCAAUACCCAACGCAGAAGGACGGCUGGAAAUCCUCAAGGCGCUCGAUAUCCCCGUUCAGCCAGAGAUUCAGGAUGCUAUGCUGGGCAGACUGUCGCAACAGACACACGCUUACAACGCAAAUGACUUGUGCAGACUCAUUGGGAAUGCGAAGAGAUUAUCAGCAGAACGACUGGACCCCGACGGCAAUGGCUUUGACGACGAGUCGAUGGAGAGACCGAAACUCACCAGGGACGAUUUGGAACAGGCGCUGCGGUGCACAAAACCGACAGCCAUGCACGACGUCAACCUCAAGCCCCCGACGAUUCACUGGCAGGACGUGGGCGGUCAGGAAAGCCUCAAGGAGGCCCUGCGCAACAUGAUCACUCUCACAACAACGAGCAACCCCUCCGUUCAGAAGUUGAUCCUGACUCCGCCCAAGGGUCUCCUUCUCUACGGCCCGCCUGGCUGCUCCAAGACCCUUUCGGCGCAGGCCAUGGCCACCGAAUCUGGAUUCAACUUCUUCGCCGUCAAGGGUGCCGAACUCCUCAACAUGUACGUGGGAGAGUCGGAACGCGCCGUCCGUCAGCUCUUUGAGCGCGCCCGCGCCGCCAGUCCCAGCAUCAUUUUCUUCGACGAGAUCGAUUCGAUUGGCGGCCAGCGUACAGGCAGCGGCGCUAAAAGCCAGGGCUCCGUCAACAUGCUUACGACGCUCCUCACUGAGAUGGAUGGCUUCGAGGCCCUAUCAGGCGUUCUCAUUCUGGCAGCUACGAACCGGCCAGAGGCUAUGGACCCAGCAUUGUUGCGCCCCGGACGCUUCGACCGCAUUGUGUACGUCGGUCCGCCAGACGACGCCGGGCGCGAGGCCGUCUUCAAACUGUACCUCCGCAAGUUGCCGACGGCGGCAGACGUCGACUUGGCAGAGCUCUCGCGACUGUCAGAGGGCUUCUCUGGAGCCGAAAUCAAGCAAAUUGUCAACGUGGCUACGGAGCCUGCUCUCAAGAAGGCCCUGGAUAGCGGUGCGAACGGACCUGACGCGGAGCAGGCCCAGGUUUGCAUGCAAGAUAUCGUGGCUGCGAUCCAGUCGGUUCCAAAGGGCAUCACGCAGCAGAUGUUGGACGGCUAUGAGAAGUGGUCCAAACAGUUCCUCAAACACCAAAACCAGAAAUAG